UCGGACCGGCGGGAGUAGUAGAGGCAGCGGCUAGGGCCCGGGAGCCGCUGCGGCCGCCGCCGAGCACCGCGGCGGCGGAGCCGAGCACAAUCCUGAGGACCAUGAUGGUGCUAUGUGCUACUGCUGCUGUUGUGGUCGCUGUUGCUCUCGCGAUGCCUUGAGAUCGUGGGCGCUGCCGCCUUGCCCUGGCUGCUGCUGUUGACCGCGUGAGCAUGGAAAUGGACCUCCUUUCUACGCACGGUCUUGAUCGAGGCAGCGGCUAGGUUCGUUGGGUGUCUCAAACACGCGGCCAUUGCUGCCUCUGGGUGGUCCGAGAGGAGACACGCGGUCAUUGGCCAAUUUCGCACAGUGCCGAUCGGCGCCGCUUGGGGCACAUGCUUCUGUGUCACAUCGACUUACCUACUCUACACUUCACGACGUAUGCGCGUACGCGCUGUUCCGUGCGUCGAGCAUGAUGGCAAUGGAAUCUCGAGAUGGUCCAUCGAGGGUCGUCUUGGUGGUGGCGACGUCCCUACUCCUUCUCUCGUCAGGUGUGAAGGCGUUACUGGCAGCCUCGCCUUCGUCGCUAACCGCGGGACGACUACUCUGGGGGCGGAGCGGGGGCGGGGGGAGCUUCGUGGCUCCCGCAGCGAGGAAACCAUUAGCAGCGAACACAAGAGGCGUCGGCGCCGGCGCCGGCGGCAGCGUGGCUAACGGCUGGUCGGCGGCAGCAGCGGGAAGCGGAAGAAAGGACGUCGGAGGCGAGCGGCGGGGGCAUUCCUUGCGCAUGGGAACGCGGCUAGAGAUCGUGAACGACGCGGAUAUUCCUGAAACGGCCGAGUUUUUCGUGGAAAACUUCUGGGACGACGCGGUUGCACCGUCCCAGAAGCGAUCGUUGGUGCGAGAGCUGGUGAGCGACUACCGACGACGAUACGGGACGCUGAUGGGGAAUCGAAAGCUGCAGAGCAUGCUCAUGGUCGCGAGGGGAAACAGAGGCGAGAUCAUCGGCUGCAUCGCCGUCGAGGUUUCGGUCUGCAUGGGGGAGCGCGUGGGCGUGAAAGCGCGAGGGAUCAGCCCCAACGCGGAGGGCGCGGAGCUCCGACCUAUCCUCGCCAACCUGGCCGUGGCGCGCUCGGAAAGGAGAAAAGGGUUGGCGAAACGGCUGGUGAAGCAAUGCGAAGAUGUGUGCAGGGAAUGGGGAUACGACGAAGUCCUUCUGCUAGUGGAAGAAAACAACAAGCGGGCGAGAAGACUCUACUCGAAGCUGGGGUACAAGAUGCUGUUCAGGGACACGAAGGCCAAGAAGAUUCUGCCGGACUCUUACCAGAUCAGGGACGUCCCGUGCGUGAACGUGUGCAUGCGGAGAGAUCUCAACGCCAACAUAUUCUCCAACCUGUUCGCGAUGAUCCGCCAAUAGCCCUGCGAAGUAGUCGUCGACGUCCAUGGCUGCUCCGUGCGAUGCUGAUUUGGCUCGUGGGGUGUGUGCAUGUCUCUCGCGGUUGGCAUCAAAAGCCGCCGUUAGCCCGGUGACUUCCGUUGGCGCUCCGUAGCUGCUUGUGAUUUGUUGCGUCGGAAAUGUGAAGGUCCCUCGGUUGGUAUGGUAUCUAAAGUUAGCUUGGCAUAAUAGUCGCAGCUGACACUCUCGUACACUAAUGGAAGCUGGUUUCGGAUUCCACAGAGUGCAAUAGAAGAGGUGUCGUUCGUUGGUGGCGUAGCAAAACUACAAUAGAACGCAGCGUGUGCUACCCGAAGAGUCUCAGUUGAUUUCGUACGGAGUGGUACACAUUACAGGCUAGCUUUUUUGGCUUGCUGGGGCUGCUCUCGUACCAACGUACCUGGUGUUUGAGUGUGGUUUUUCUCGUCCAUGCCUACUGGAGAGGACAAAAAAAGAAAGAAAUUGAAU